ACAAUUCCCAAAUCACAGUAACACACAAAGCACCAUGUUCAAGAUUUCUGCUCUGUGCGUGCUGGUGUUGGUGCAGGUUUCUGUGGGACUCUAUUACGAGAACAGGCCGUUAGUGUGUCCCUUGAAGCAGGAGGUGCAGUAUGAAGACAAAGUGAUACAAGCCACGUACUUGGAGGUCCUUGAGCAACCCUUGGUCGCUACGCACGUUCAUCUCAAGACCGUUUACCAGACAACCACACUGCCCGUCACUGCCACCCACAUCCACACCGUCACUGGUCCCCCGCCAAAUGCCACUGUCACAGAGGUCCAGCUGGUCGAGACUCAAGUGCCACAGACGGUGACGCAGAUCGAGACCGUCACCAACAGACUCACCGAGACCGUCCUCGACGUGGCCACACGAACGGCAACCAACUACCACACCCUCGUGGAAACCGUGGCCGUGCUCGAGACCCAGUUUGACACCGUGACGGAGGUCCAGACGCGCCUGGCCGAUAUCACGCUUACCCUGCAGGAGACCGAGUUUUCGACGCUCACCUGGACAGUCAGUCAGCUGGAGACCCAGCAGGUGGUGGAGAGCAUCGAGGAGACGAGCGUGACGACGAGCACGGAAUAUGUUCCUCGAUACAGAACCAACGUUCACACGCUCACGAAGAUGGUGACGCAGACUGUGUGUCCGCCAAGUGCACAACACUCGCUGAAAUGGUGAAAUGUUCCUAUUCUGUUGCCGACCAAACUUUUUUCUUGACAAUAAACUGAGUUUAGAAUAAAAAGAAACAUAUUUUUUUCAAUCCAACUAAACUGACUGUAAUGAAAAAUUCAAAAGUAUGCCUAUCCGCAAAGUACACAUUAUACGCUGAUAUUGUGAAAGUUUUUUUGUUAGCAGCGAAACAUUUCUUGCCAAAUAAAUGACUAAAGCAGGAAUACAUUCUUCAUUCCAGCUAAACAGAUUAUAUUAAGUGAAUAUGCGUGGACUAAAUAAAGUGAUUAUAUUUUCAAGAAAAAUCAACAUGUGUUACUUGCAGAGAUAAACACCUGAAGACCCACUAGGUCCCUUGAUGCCAGAUUAGCAUUUCUAUACUUACAGUGAACAAAAAAUGUAACGUUAAACUAGAAAAAAAGUUAACUGCAUAUUUCUCUUUGGGAGUUCAAAAGACAAUGAAUCAUACAAACAAUUAUUCACUUUAAAAGAAAUACUAUAAAAAAAUAUACAUUAUGAAAAAAAAA